AUGUUGGAGCAGAGUCAAGUGAGAAAAUCUACACUGAACCCUAAUGCCAAUGAGUUCAAGCCCCGGUUUAAUGCACAGCCAAAACCGGCCAACACUCCAACACCCCCGCGGCCUCAGGGGCAGCCCAGCCCCUCCAUCGUGGUGCCACAGCCCCCCACUGUCUACGGACAGGCGGUCUGCUUCCCCCAAAUGUACCCACUGACCCCAGUCAGUCCUGGUGUUCAGUCUCCCAUGUACCAGCUCCCGAUCUCUCACAUGACGGUCAGCCAGUCCAAACCCUACAGACCAGGUAAAGUUCCCAACAUGCCCCAGCAGAGGUCAGAGCAGCACCACGCUCCCGGCACACCCACCAUGAUGCACUCGGCCACAGCAGCGGGGCCACCCAUCAUGGCCACUAGCCCCGCCUACUCAACCCAGUACUUCACCUGCAGCCCGCAGCAGUUCACCAGCCAGCCCCUGGUACAGCAGAUGCCCCACUACCAGUCACAGGCUCAGCACAUGUUCAGUCCAGUGAUGCAGGGCAGUGCCAGGAUGAUGGCCCCUCCCACACACGGCCAACCUUCCAGCUCUCAGUACCCAGAGCAGACACACACCAUGUAUGUGUCUUCAGGUCCCAUGCAGCAGUACACUCAUCACGGCGCCACCCUGCACCCCCACGCACAGCACCCCCAGCCCUCGGCCACGCCCACAGGACAGGGACAGCAGGGCGGCCCCCCCCAACACAGCGGACCCCCAAACCACCCAGCCGCCAGCCCCGUGCAGCACCAACAGCACCAACAGGCUGCAGUGGCUGCAGCCCAGGCCCUGCACCUGGCCAACCAGCCUCAGCAGCAGAUGUACACGGCUCUGGCCCCCACCCCUCCCUCCAUGACCCCGGGGCCCAAUCCCCAGUCCCCUCAGGGCUCGUUCCCCUCGGCCCAGCAGACCGUGUAUCUGCACCCCACACAAGUGCAGCACGGCUACAACCCCAACCACAUGGCACACGUCCAACAGGCUCACAUGCAGUCUGGGAUGGUGCAGUCCCACCAUGCGGCGCCCACACAUCCCCCCAUGAUGCUGAUGGCGACUCAAGGCCCGCCGGGUGGUCCACAGCCCCCCAUGCCUCAGACCGCCCUGAACCCCAUCCCUGUGUCCUCCACCACACAUUUCUCCUACCUGACACAUCCAGUGCAACACCAUCAGCAGCAACUGUAG